UUUUUUUUGUUUUUUUUUCUAUUAAUCCCUGGUGUGUGCACGUGAGGAAGGAGGAAACCAUGAACCAUCUAGGUACUAUGUAUGCCACCAAGAGGAGGAGAAGGAAUAGUAAAAGUGUUAGAGUGGCGCCUAAAGAUAGCCAAACGAAAUCAAACCCUAGCAAGAGACAUCGCGAGAGAUUAAACGCAGAACUGGACACUUUGGCUAGUCUACUUCCAUACGAGCAGAGCGUCCUCUCAAAAUUAGACAAAUUAUCCAUUCUACGGUUAAGCGUCAGUUACCUGAGGACGAAAAGCUACUUUCAAGCGGCAAUCAGAAGAGAUAAAGAACAAAUAGUCGAUCAUAGUCACAAACCACGUGAACUUCUUUAUCCAGAAUGUUUGAUGGAAGGAGAUCUUAUCUUGCAGGCUCUGAACGGUUUUCUUUUAAUACUAACGUGCGAUGGUGAAGUAUUUUAUGCAUCUCAUACGGUGGAAACGUAUUUAGGUUUUCAUCAGUCUGACAUCUGCCAUCAAAGCGUUUACGAAUUAGUCCAUUCGGAAGAUAGAGAAGAAUUACAGAGAUAUUUAAUGUGGAAUUCUCAUCUUCCAACAGAUCGAACUAAUGUUUCUCUUCAGGAGAUCUUAAUGACAGAAAAUAUCCAAUAUUUGGAGAGAAAUUUUACAGUGAGGUUCAGAUGUUUGCUAGAUAAUACCUCCGGUUUUCUGCGACUCGACAUACGAGGACGUAUAAAAAUACUCCACGGACAGAAUCACAAAACGGAGGAACCACCCCUAGCCUUAUUCGCAGUUUGUACACCGUUUGGGCCGCCAUCUCUUCUUGAAAUGCCACAGAAAGAUUCCAUGUUCAAAAGCAAACAUAAAUUAGAUUUAUCGCUAGUUUCUAUGGAUCAGAGAGGCAAACAAUUACUUGGUUAUUCAGACGGAGAGCUGGCUAAUAAGGGUGGAUACGAUUUUGUCCAUUAUGAUGAUCUAGCUUACGUGGCAAGUGCCCAUCAGGAAUUACUAAAGACAGGAGCUUCUGGACUGAUAGCCUAUCGACUUGUGACGAAAGAACAAAAAUGGCAAUGGUUACAGAGUAGUGCGCGUUUGGUAUAUAAAAACAGUAAACCAGACUUCAUCCUCUGUACCCAUAGGCCUUUAAUGGAAGAAGAAGGUCGCGAUCUUUUAGGUAAAAGGACAAUGGACUUCAAAGUCACGUAUCUGGAUGGAGGACUAGGUGUAAUGACAGAUAGGAAUGCUCUACUUUCCGAUAGUGACUUCGUAUUACGUUGCCAACGCAAUCGUAGAUACAAAUCUCAAAUCCGAGAUCUUCUAACCACUUGCAGGAAAAGGAAGGUCCCUGGAGAAUCCUAUAUCGAGGAUACUCCGUAUAACAAUGUGUAUCCCUAUCCAACGGAAGGAGUAAACGGAUUGUCUACAUAUGCCACGGCGAUGCCACAAAAUUUGUUCACAGCCAUCGACAAUACUCGGUUCUUAUCGCCGGAGAACUUCAUCCAUUAUCGCCAUCUUGGUGGAUAUUAUUCCGACUAUCAUACUACACAAUACUCCAGCAAUGGUUUCUUAGAUAUGACAACCAGGACUUGCUUUCCUUAUGCAGACGGUGGUCAACUUUCUAAAGACGAUAAACUGUAUCCCUGCCAAUUAGAAACUGCUAAAUUUAACGGUGAUUCCAGUCGUUUGGUGCAACAGAUGGGAACUAAAUCUUCGUGUUGUGAAGCGUAUGUCUCUACAUCAGAUCCCAGUGCCACGUUGCGUGGGUGUUUAAUGACUGCAACCAGUGCAGGGAUUCAACCGUUAAUACCCACCUUAGAUCGUGAACCCAAGCUCUCCGAUUUGGGAUGCCACAACUUGAAUUUCUCAUUACCACCCACUGAUUGCAUCAACGUCAUCAAACCCAAGAGUACGAACCCUUUACCUCCACACCUCAGGGAUGCCAGGGAUAAUAAAAAUGACGGACAGGCGUCGAUAGUUUCCGCUUUCAGUAACGAUACUCGACAAAGUGUUCUAAUGUGGGGUAAUUCGCUAUCGAGAUCGUCUUCGGGGCACAUGUCUUCUUCUUCGGCCAUUUUCGAUGGUAAGUUACCUCGUUAUAACGAUUCCUCUAUCAAGGGGACGGACUUAGUGACGUCGUCGGCUUGUAAAUGGAACGGGAAUGUCAGUGCCCCCAAGUCGUCUUCACCCCACAACAGUACGAGUCCCGCAAGCGGGAAGGUGGCGCCACCUGUCAGUUACGGCAGUGCCGCUUACAGUCAUGACGUCACACAUGAGGGCUGGCAGGUUGAGACGCCGGGAGCCUGGAGAUCCCCUCUACCUGGUUUUGGGCAACAUAGAGAAUGGUCUUCAUCCUUCUGUGAAACAGGAAGGAAACCCACUACUCUCCAUCUCUGAAGUCACCAACACAUUACUGAAUCAUGAUUAACAUCCAGAACGAUGUACAAAGAUCAAUCAACAAACAAAUCGACACUUCGCUAAAUAACAUUAAAAAAAAAAAAACAGUUCCUGUACAACAGAGAAACAGAAGCAGCAAAGUGUUGAUUCUCAAA